AUGUCGUUUCCCAAGUCGUGCAAGGCCGCCGUCUUCACCGAGGCCAACAAGCCCCUCACCGUCAAGGACGUCGACCUCAGCCCACCCAAAAAGGGCGAGAUCCUGAUCAAGGUCGAGGCCUGCGGCGUAUGCCACUCGGACUCAUUUGCCGGACAGGGCAUGAUGGGCGGCCUCCCCCGCAUCCCCGGACACGAGAUCAUCGGCCGCAUCGUCGCCGUCGGCCCAGAGGAGGACAGGUGGAAGGAGGGCAACCGCGUCGGAGGCGCAUGGCACGGUGGCCAGGACAACACCUGCCGCAGCUGCCGAUCCGGCUACUUCCAGAUGUGCGACAACGCCCAGGUCAACGGCAUCACUCGCGACGGCGGCUACGCCGAGUACUGCAUCCUCAACUCGGUUUCGGCGGUCCGCAUCGACUCCGAGGCGCCCGCCUCGCAGCUGGCCCCGCUCAUGUGCGCCGGCGUGACGGUGUACAACGGCAUCCGGCAGCUCCGCAUCACGCCCGGCGAGGUCGUGGCCAUCCAGGGCCUCGGCGGUCUCGGCCACCUCGCCGUCCAGUACUCGCGCGCCAUGGGCUACCGCACCGUCGCCCUGUCGCGCGGCAGCGACAAGAAGGACUUUGCCAUGAACCUCGGCGCGACCGACUACAUCGACACGGAAAAGGAGGAUCCCGUCGAGGUGCUCAACAAGAUGGGCGGCGCCGCCCUGGUUGUCGCCACCGCCCCCAACCCCAAGGUCAUUUCGCCCCUCGUCGCUGGCUGCAAGGCCAUGGGCAAGUUGCUCCUCCUCACCCCCGUCGGAGACGUGCCCUUCAACUCGAUCGCCAUGAUCACCAAGGGCAUCUCGGUCCACGGCUGGCCCUCGGGCCACGCCCAGGACACCGAAGACACGGUCGCCUUUUCGGAGCGCUUCGGCAUCAAGUGCAUGGUCGAGGAGUUCCCGCUGGACAAAGCGCAGGAGGCCUACCAGCACAUGAUGGACAACAAGGCCCGCUUCCGCGCCGUCCUCACCAUGCAGUAG